CAAAAUUAUGACAAAACAGUUUCCAACGAGUAUUUCCUAAACUUGGGUCAAACCCGAGACAUAUCAGCACUUCAGUGGUAUGACUCGAAAUGUGUGGGCCCAUCUCAGCUAGCAUAUAGUUCCCUGGGUGAUCCUGUAAAUAAAGUCAAAAUCAACAUUUACAGCUCCGGUAUUAUAUUCCAUGACGUUCUGGUUGCAACAGGCCGUAUACCUAUGGGACCGGAGGCUUUCGUAACAGACUGUGCGAUUGGCACCGAAUAUGCCGGUCGUCGUGCGGAUACGGGUCAGAGGGUUAUGGGUAUGGAAUUGAGCCGAUGUUAUGCUACUUCUGUAUACUCGUCCACUGAUGCUUUCACUCACAUCCCCGACCACUGGUCUAUGGACGACGCCGUCUCCAUACUCAGCACUUAUAGUACAGUGUAUUAUGGAUUGAUUCAAAUGGCGAAGUUAAGGACAGGCGAAAGUGUUUUGAUUCACUCGGCGGCGGGAGGUGUGGGUCAGGCGGCUCUCAAUAUAUGCCAACACUAUAAGUGCGAUAUCUAUGCGACGGUCGGAACCGAUGAGAAAAAG